CUCUUUGGAAGGUGGUGAGAAAAAAUGGUAACAAGGGAGGACGGCGACAUCAAAGCAAUCAUUUUUUUAAAAUAAUAAAAUUUCUUUUUCUUAAUUCAGAAAAAUUAAUUUUGAAAAUAACUUCAUCGUCUUUCUUCAUCAUCAUCAGAUGGAUCUCCCAUGUCGCCGGUAGAGACCUGACCUCUUCUCCUCCACCCUUCACGAUUUUUUCUUUCUAAAUUGUAAUCGAAGAGAGAGUCUAUAGAGAAUGAGCAACUUCGGGGACUUGAAUCCGGUUUUCUCAGCAUCGGGUCGAAGCACCAACAACCCGGACCCGGCUUUCAAUUCGCGUCUCUCGAAGCCGAGAUUCUCCAAGGUCAGAAGGCAAGUCAAGCCUCCCUCCGUCACCUCCGAUUUCUUGCCUCCUGCUCCUCAUCAGGGAUUCAACCCCUUUCUCCACCGCGGAUCUCCCGACGACGCCGGAUUUGGCCGCGGCGUUCACGAAGGUUUCGUGUUUGGAGGAUCGAGCUCUGGUGACCAAGUUUUGGAGGAUUUGGGGAAGCUGAAGAUUGGGGUUGAUGAUGUGCGUUUUGCUUCUAGGCUUCCUGGUGAUAUGCAGAAUCUCAAUAUCAAGGAUUCUCGUUCCAAUGCGGGUAGGAACGUGGAUGAUGAUGAUGAGCAGCUUCAAUCUCUCUUGAAGAAUAAACUCAAUCUUGAUCCUAGCUUUGGUUCUUCUUCUUCUUCGUGGAGUACAGGUGGACGUGUGAUCCAUGAAGGUUUGGAGAAGUUGAAUAUCUCAGAGAAGGUUAUGAAUGAUAAUGCCAAAGCCAAAGCAUCGAUGGAUUAUGUUGGGGAGAAGAUACUCUCUGAUGAUUUGUCUCGAAAGUUGAACGUUGGAGGAGGUUUAGCUACUGAUGGGAUCAACAUAGGGCGUUCAUCAGCAGCAGAAUCACUCCAGGGAGGUGUGAGUGAGAAGAAAGUUCAUGGCUUUAGCAGUUCAUGUCCGAUGAACUAUAGUUUUGUAGGUACAGAGCCAAGUGAACAUCGAAAUGCUCAUGAUGCGGCCUCUACAGUUAAUACUUCCGCGUUCAGUUUCUCGAGUAAUGGAAAGAGUGGUGGGACGAGUUUUAUGGAGUUCAAGACCCCUAAUUUGAAGCCAAACCCUUUUUCUAGCUUGGAUCAGAAACUGGGGUUUAAUGCAAAGAAGGACAAUGUUGGUACCUCAAGAGGGAGAAGGAAAGGGGUUAAGCAGCCUGUGAAAGUUCAGCUUAAUAUUGGAAAUGAAUUUGCUUUUGCAGAAAGUGCGUUUCCACAAGGAACGAGCGAGGCUUCUGAUUCUUAUUCACCGAUGGAUGUAUCUCCGUAUGAAGAGACUGCGGAUUCUAGAGACUUUAACGCUGGAUCAGAUCAGUUUGUGAAUCCUGACAACAUACCUCCUGCUGCUUUAAAUGAUGCGUUUGAUGCAGAGCUAGCUGCUGCAACCGAACGUAUGGACAUAAACGACGAGGAUGAAGUUAAUAACUAUCCAGCUGAGGGACUUAAUACUGGCGAGUGUGCUGAGGGUGAUGACCUUGCUGAAGAUUCUAUAUCUGGGGCUGAGACGGAAAGUUUUAAAACAGCAGCGGAAGAGAUGGAAACUAGUAGUGAUACUUUCGCCUCAGCUUCAGAAAGUGAGGUUACUUCAAGCUAUAGGCCUGAUAGGCAAGAAAAUGACAACCAUUCCCUGUUUAAUUCAAAUGCUGCUAGCUCCAGCUUUACCUUUUCUGCUUCAUCGUUUUCCGGAGUGCAAGGGCAACAAUCAACGUCUAAGCGUAUCAGCAGGAAGAAGUAUCCAGUUCCACUUGGGCAGGAUCCAUAUAUCUUGAUUCCAAAUGCCUCAUCAUUCAAAUCUCCACAACACUCGCCGGUAACUGGUGUUCAGUCACACCUGUCCACGGGGAAACCCAGUGAAAGGGAUCCGUUUACUCGUUUACAAAAGCCUAUAAAUAAUCCUGUGAUGGAUAAAGCACGAGACGAAAAAGAUGUGUCUAAUGCAGCGCAAGAAGCAUGUGAAAAGUGGCGACUAAGAGGAAACAAUGCUUACAAAAAUGGAGAUCUUUCCAGAGCUGAGGAAUCUUACACUCAAGGGAUAGAUUCAGUGCCUAAAAUCGAGACGUCUAGAAACUGUCUCAGGGCACUGAUGCUUUGCUACAGCAACCGUGCUGCAACACGCAUGGCCCUUGGAAGAAUGAGAGAAGCAAUAGCAGAUUGUGCGAUGGCUUCUUCAAUAGACUCCAACUUCCUUAAAGUUCAAGUCAGAGCUGGAAAUUGUUAUCUUUCACUUGGGGAGAUUGAAGACGCAUCCAGGUACUUUAAAAAAUGCUUGCAAACUGGAAGUGACAUCUGCGUGGACCGCAAAAUCAGUGUGGAGGCUUCUGAAGGUCUACAAAAGGCACAGAGAGUUUCGGAAUGCAUGCAUGAAGCUGGCUGUCGUUUGCAGCUCAGAACAUCAACUGAUGCUGAGAAAGCUUUGGAAAUAUUGGAAGAAGCUCUGCUGAUAAGUCCAUACUCUGAAAACUUACUCACCAUGAAGGGAGAGACGCUUUUGAUGCUUGAGAAGUAUGAAGCAUCAAUAAAGCUUUGUGAGCAGACAAUUGAUUUGGCUGGAAAGAAUUCUCUUCCCGUAGAUGCUAAUAAAUACCCAGAUUCUGAUGACACUCCCAAAGAUAUAAACUUUGGAAUCUGGCGGUGCCGUCUCAUGCUUAAAUCAUAUUUCCAUAUGGGAAAGCUUGAGGAGGCGAUUAAUUCUCUAGAGAAGCAAGAACAAUUACUAUCUGCUACAAAAAGAGAUGGAAACAAACCUCUUGAAUAUUUCAUCCCGUUGGCUGCUACCAUACGUGAGCUGUUGCGCCUUAAGUCGGCAGGGAAUGAAGCAUUUAAGUCUGGACGACACACUGAAGCAGUUGAACAUUACACAGCAGCCUUGUCGUGCAACGUGGAAUCACGUUCUUUUACAGCUGUGUGUUUCUGUAAUCGUUCUGCGGCAUAUAAAGCUCUUGGUCAACUCUCUGACGCCAUUGCAGACUGCAGUCUUGCCAUUGCUCUCGACCAAAAUUACUCAAAGGCUAUUUCUAGACGGGCCACGUUGUUCGAGAUGCUGAGGGAUUAUGGACAGGCUGCGAGUGACAUGCAUAGAUAUGUGAAUAUUCUAACCAAGCAAAUGGAAGAGAAGACCUCUGGGAUUCACGACAGAGUAACUAAUUUGGCCAACGACAUUAGACAAGCUCGUAUGCGACUUUCUGAACUGGAAGAGAAAUCAAGGAAAGAAACUUCGUUGGAUAUGUACCUCGUCUUGGGUGUAGUGCCAUCAUGCUCUGCUUCAGAUAUCAGAAAGGCAUAUAGGAAGGCCGCACUCAAACAUCAUCCCGACAAGGCUGGUCAGUCAUUGACAAGAAACGAGAGUAAAGAUGAGAGGUUAUGGAAGGAGAUAGGAGAAGAAGUACGCAGAGAUACUGAUAAAUUAUUUAAAAUGAUUGGAGAAGCGUAUGCUGUGCUUUCAGACCCUGCAAAGCGUUCUCAGUAUGAUCUUGAAGAAGAGAUGCAAAAUUCACAAAGGAGACGUGAUGGAGCCAGCACAUCUGGAGCAGAGCCAGAUGUUAAUUAUCCUUUCAGUAACAGUAGAAGAAACUGGAGAGAAGGAUGGAGUUCUUCACGUAGGGACCCAUCACCAGCUCCGAGAUGGUUUGAACAAAACCGAUCAAACAGAUACCCCUUGUAACUGUAGAGCAUCUCUUUGACCAAAAUCAUCACCAGCAAAAGUUUUUGUGGCCUCCUAUGCAAAUACUCAGCUUAAUACGGAGUGGAUAAAAUAUUAGAAGAUGCUCAGAUUCAUGGAGAAAAGAGAAUACACAUCACAGGAUAAACAUGGAAAUACUUGAGAUGCAGAGAAUUUACUCAGGUAAUGGAGAAAAAGGAGAACUAUUUCUAUAUGUAUAAUCGUUUUGUUCGUGUGGUAGACUUUAACUUCUCCACUGUCUAAUACGUUGAAGCAACGUUGUACAGAUCACGGGAAACGUAAAGUGAGUGAUUGAAAGAGACUUGCAUAUAACAGAUCUCAUGUUAUAGCUUUCUUUUAUUCUUCUUUGGUGAUGUUUAAAAUGGUGUGUCAUGGGGCCUUGCGAAAGACAAGGUGGCCUCUCACGUUUGUGGUUCUUGUUUAAUCCUUUUGAUUGUAGAUUCUUUCAAUUCAUUGACUUGUGAAAAAACAGAUUUGAUUUUGCAUUGAGUGAUAUUAGUUGAGGAUUUCCUUAUACUUUAUUUUUUUAUUUA